AUGGCCCAGUCUCCGUCUAUGCUAGACUGUGCUACCUGUAUAUCAAAUGGGAAAAUUGAUAAACAUGGUGAAAUUUUUUCUAACAAUGAUGAUGAGAUAGGAUGCCAAAAUAUGAAAUCUGAUGUGCUUGAAGAUUUGGAAACCUCUAAUAAUGUCGACCAAGAAAGCAUAACGAGUAAUGGUUCUUCUCCGGUGCCUAAUUCUAGUGAAUCAAGAGGCUCCAAGCGUCUGAAUGAGGAUGAGGAACUAAACCUUGAUAAUAAGAGGGGUCGAACCGUUAUAAUAGAUAGCGAUGAUGAUGCUCCACUGAAAGAUAUUUCAGACUGCAAUUUGAUAAAAUCUGAGGACCAGUCCAAUGUGGAUGCGAGUAUGUGCAUAUCUGCCCCUGGUGGUCUUCCUUCACAUAGUCUGAAUAAGGUCUACUGCACUGCUUGUAAUAAACUUGCUGUCGAAGUGCGCUCACAUCCACUUCUGAAGGUGAUUAUUUGUACAGAUUGCAGAUGCUUAUUGGACGAAAAGAUGCAUGUGAAGGUAUGGGCAUGA